AGUCUGCAGGAACCGGGUACACACAAUGGCAGAUGAAAGUCCAGUCCAGAUUCUCUAUGAUGAAACUACAUGUCCCAUCUGUCUGGAGUAUUUCAAAGAUCCAGUGAGUGUAGAAUGUGGGCACAUUUUCUGCCGAGUCUGCAUCACCCAGGUCUGGGAGAAGUCUCCCAGAGAUGCUUCGUGCCCUCAGUGCCGACUACCUUGCCAGCAAAGGAACAUCAGGCCGAUCCGGCAACUGGCAAGUAUUGUAGAACUAGUCAAGAAGUUCAGCCUUCAGAUGGCCAAAGGGGCAGAUGCAUUGGGAAAAAUUUGUGAGAGGCACCAGGAACCCUUGAAACUCUUCUGUAAAGACAAUCAAGUCCUCAUCUGUGUGGUGUGUGACAAAUCCAGAGAGCACAGGCAACACAAGGUGAUUCCGAAAGAGGAGGCUUCCACAGAGUAUAAGGCUAAAAUUCAGAACCAUUUGAAAUUUCUGAACAAGGAGAGAGAAACAAUUAUAUCUUCUAAAUUAAGUGCAGAGACUCAAAACCAAAUCCUGCUGAAACAGACUGAAACCGAGAGGCAGAAAAUUGUGGCUGAGUUUAAGCAACUGCACCAGUUUCUGGAAGAACAAGAGUGCCUCCUGCUGGUUAAGCUGAAAGAUCUGGAUGACAAGGUUAAAGGCAAUGGGAAUAAGCAUAUUGCCAAACUCUCUGAGGAAAUUUCCUCAGUAGACAGCCUCAUCAAGGAGAUGGAGGAGAAACUGAAGCAGCCAGCAGAUGAAUUCUUGCAGGAUAUCAGAAGCGUCUUGCAAAGAUACAACAAAAAGAAAUGUUUCAAUCCAGUACCAUUUCCUUCUGGAUUACAGCAACAAAUCAAGGAAUUUUCUGAAAUGCAUCCCUCUUUGAACAAGGUUAUGGAGACAUUUAAAGACACUGUCAAACAGAGGACUGCUGAAAGCUGUUUUACACCAAGACUGACCAUGAAUCCAUAUGUCUUAAAUUCGUCUCUUUACCAGGAACCAUUUCCCGAGGAUUAUGACUCUUACUGGGAGGAUAUUUUUGACUGACUAAGGUAUACACUAAGGUAUAGGCAGAACACCUCCCCUCCCCUCCCUGCCUGCCUGAACCACUUGCAUGUUACAUCACUGGCUACCUCUCCAGGAAGGGAGGGGGAGGAGUGUCGGACAACAUCCCUCUCUUUUGCUCUCCAGGUGACUGGCUGGCUAGGUACUCUGGCUCAGCCCGCCCCUCCCUAAACCUGAUUGACAAGCUGAGGGAGGGGAGCUUGAGCACCUAGCCAGCCAGUCACCUGGGGAGACAGGCAGGGUCAGGCCAGUGGUGUGAUGUGACAAUCCCGGGGAUUCAUCCCAGAAUAUUAACCUCCCCUGCUUCUGUCACAUGCUAGCGACAGGUUGCUGUCAGACCGGUCACGUGCUGUCAGACAGGUUACAUAUGCCCCUUCCUUGGCAGACUUUUCAAGACUGGCAGGAGCUUCUUCUAAGACAUACCCAAACGCUGACAUGUAUCUUAGGGAGCCCUUGACCGAAAAUGCCUCCAGUCUUCGAGGAGAUGAAUUGGCUCAGGGCUGGAAGUUCAAUGCUACAGUCCUUCUGCUUUUGUUAUCUCUGCUGUGAGAUCCAAAGAACCACCCACCCCCUGAGCAUAGAGAGCUUGAGAGCCAUGCGGGGAAAGUUGCAAUGAUCUGAACUAGACACAAACAAUCUCAUAGUAGGUUUGGAUGUGGUGCUGAGGAAUUUCCAACAGGCGCCUCCGUGUGUGAAGGAAAACGCCACUGGACCAUCAGGAGUGAUAAGGUGGUGUUGGUCUUGGGGCAAAAUAGAGAGGGAGGCUGAACACCUCUUCUGUCAAGGACUUGGUACAGUGGCAUAUUUCCUUUGGGUGGGGAGUGGCAGGGGGAUCUGCCUUCAGUGCAAAGUAAGCAAUAAAGCAUAAUCCUAUGAAAUUUGAGACACUGUGUUGACAUAGGCUUAGGCCCUGGGUAUCUAAGAGAGCGUAUUCUUCACUACAAGCCCCACUGCCCAUUGAGGUAAUCUGAGGAGGUCCGUCUCCAGUUCCCACCAACUCAUUUGGGCCUUCUCAGUCACUGCCCCAAGAUUGUGGAAUGUGCUCCCUGCUGAUAUACGAUCCUCCCCGUCUCUGGCAAUUUUCAAAAAACACCUGAAAACCCAUCUCUUCGCCCAAGCUUUCUCAGCUUCCUAAUUUUUUAGGUUUUAAUCUCUGGUUUAUUUUUAAAUUGUUAAAUUGUUUUAAGUCUUUUGUAUAUGUUUUAAACUUGUUUCAUGCUAUUGUUAACUGCCCAGAGACAAAAGUUUGGGGUGGUGUACAAAUUUGAUAAAUAAAUAAUAGUUAUCUGCUUAUUUCCAAAAGCGGAAAGUCCAAUUAUCUUGUUUCGUAUGUAUGUGUUUGUGUAUGUAAAAAUAUGUAAAAUUUAAUUUUUGCCCCCUU